GACUGCAUUAUUUGAAUAUUAUUGUUGUGGAGAUGUUUGCAUAUCUCACCAAAUUUGUUGGUGUGGAAAAUAGGUCGAUGUAACAUAGGUUUUUAUGUCCAGAUGAUCUCAAAACCAUUAGCUUGCUAGCAACAGAAAAUGUGGGCCACAAGUUCCACAAGAAAGAUGUCUCAGGAAAAUGGUUUGAAUCAUGGUGUCAGUGUCUCUCAUGUGUCUGGGUCUGCUGUCCUUGUGGGGGGUCAGAGGGGAAGUAGCUCCAAAUUUCGACAACUGCAAAAUGUUUUUCUUCAGAGAGACGCCAGUGUCUGGUCUGAACAUAGCCCUGCCCACUCCAGUUGAGACCAACACACAGAAUUUACCUAAUCCUGAGAAAUGUCUCUCUGCUUACAAUGCUGCCUCUCCUGCCUACAUCUGUCAGAUAUACAACAACCAGUACUACUUUGCCACUCUGUAUGACAGAGGAAGGAGGAUCCCUUUGUACUCUGCAUAUAAAAUGGAUAUCAAAGGGGAACCUGAAAGGGAGGGCUCCAUCGUUAAUUACGAACCGCAGCUUGUGCAUCCUGAACUAUCAAAAAAUCAAAUGAAAAAAAAAGAAUGCAUGACAGAGAUCAAGAAUUACAACAACAUCCCGAGUAAUGACUGCAAAGAAUCAUUUCCACAAUACCGACAGACCUACAAGCUUGGGUGGAGCCAGGCCCUCGAUGACAACUUUGGCACCUAUGACCGUGGACACUUGAACCCUGCAGGGCAUCAUGGAAAAGGAGAUGCCUCCAAAGCCACCAUGACCUUCACCAACGUAGCUCCGCAAAACCCAAAAAUGAACCAGGUCCAAUGGAACCAGUAUGAGCAGAAGCUGAAGAACGAUUUGAGUCAGGGCUGUAGUAAUAUGUAUGUUGUGACAGGGGUGGUCCCAAGCACCACGUGGGUAGACCAGAACAAGCGAGUCAAUGUUCCGAGUCACUACUGGAAUGCCUUCUGCUGCACUGACAACAACGACAAACCUCUCAGGUCUGGAGGUGCGUUGUGUCCUAACGCAGAUGAGGGUCAAGUUACAGAGUAUAACACUGUUGCAGACCUUCAGAAUAAGCUUAUAAAUGAAAUGAGCUUUGGGAAUGAUUUCAACAUAUUUUUUUUUGAACCCAGUCAAACCAGUGAGAGUUCCAGGUGGUACAAAUUUGCAGAAUUUGUGAUCAUUUCCACAAUUGUGAUCAUCCCCCGCAAUAAUUAAAAUGUUUUCAUGUAGAUUAAGGAACGAACAUUUGCCUUUAAUAUUCACCCCAAAUACAUUUGAAGUUAUUUCCCCAAAUGAUCCAUAACAAACAAGUCCCAUCAAAGUGGAGACAUAUUAUUUCCCACCGUAAAUCAAAUCCAAAACCCACUACAUCAUGAAUCAGAGUUGUCCCAGAGCUUCCAGUCCAAAACCCACUACAUCAUGAAUCAGAGUUGUCCCAGAGCUUCCAAUCCAAAACCCACUACAUCGUGAAUCAGAGUUGUCCCAGAGCUUCCAAUCCCAAACCCACUACAUCAUGAAUCAGAGUUGUCCCAGAGCUUCCAAUCCAAAACCCACUACAUCGUGAAUCAGAGUUGUCCCAGAGCUACCAAUCCAAAACCCACUACAUCGUGAAUCAGAGUUGUCCCAGAGCUUCCAAUCCCAAACCCACUACAUCAUGAAUCAGAGUUGUCCCAGAGCUUCCAAUCCAAAACCCACUACAUCAUGGAUCAGAGUUAUGCCAGAGCUUCCAAUCCAAAACAAUGCAGUCCUUGUUUGCAACUGUUUGACCUCCUGGAAGAACUAUACAAUUGUAGGGUCAUAAUUGCAUGUGAAUCACACUCAUUGAAAAAAAGACAGAAAGAGAGCGAGGGAGAUAAGAGAAUGAGUCUUAGCUGGUUAUCCUGACUGGCAAGUUAAUUGGCUCUGUUAUCCUGACUGGCUGGAAGGUCCUUUGGCUCUGUUAUCCUGAUCUUCUGUUGCUUGUUUGACUGUAUGGGAAGUCCUCACGAGAAAAGCUGGUCAUAAAAAACAUCCUGUCAUUAAGUACUCAAACUGAUUGCCCCAACAUCACAAAGGAUAUCUUCAUUGUGUUCCCCAUAACUAGAAAAAGCCACCCACACAUUGAGAGCACACACAGCAACAGUCUUUUUCUAAUUCCCCUAUAAUUCUGAUCAGAUGGGGAUAAUUUAGAGGUACAAGUAACCAUGCACUGUGAAGUGGGCUUAUUCCCAUAAUUCUGCCACAAGCUGCUCAACAGUUUGGGGUCUCCUUUGUCGUAU